AUGAUCUACACACUCUACGACAGCUCCAUCCUCGUACUCCAAGGGAUCCUCGGCACCCUGACCCAUAUCCUCAAAAAGGCCGAACAACAACCCAAUGCCGACGCUCUACUCACCAACGCCCGUCUCUACGAGGACAUGUACCCCAUGCCUGACCAAGUGCGUCUCGCAACCCAAUACUCUGAGAACAUCCUCGCCCGUUUGACGGGCCGAGAACCCGUGACUUUUGAUCGUGAUCUCACCACCUACGCAAAAUGCUACGAGCGUAUCGACCUUGUCCUCAAAUCACUCAAAGAGGCCGACAAGGAUGUCGUCAACUCGCAUGCAGAGGUGGUGGUGCCUACUCCUCUGGGACCGGGGACCGUGGUUGAUAUGAAGACUGCCGUGUGGGUUCAUAGCAUUGCGUUGCCGAAUAUCUAUUUCCAUUUGACGACGGCGUAUGGGAUUCUCAGAAAGGAAGGUGUGCCACUAGGAAAGGCGGAUUACUAUGUGGGAUUGGCCCCGAUUGCUUUGAGUCAGAAGUGA